AGGAAUGAGGGGGUCAAAACUUCCCCAGUGGAGUUAGGUAACGGCUGCCAGGAAUGGGCUGGGCCUCUGGCAGCGAUGAGGCAACACUGGUCCCAUGUGUGUAUAAAUACCUCUGAACUGGCCACACUCCCUCAUCAGGCUGUGUAAAAAAGGGUUGGAUCUGGAGAAUAUCCCUGGCCGAGAGAACCGCUGUCCAUCACUGACAUCGCUGAGGAAUAAUUUGGAGACAUUGCAGUGUACAUCGGUGCCCUGACACCCAUGAGAGAGAAGACCUUUCCAGGCUAAUCUUCAGCAGAUUUAAAACCAACGAACCCCACAAAAAAAAUGAAGGCAUUCAGCAUUGCAGUUGCAGUGACACUCGUGCUCGCCUUUAUUUGCAUUCUGGAGAGCUCUGCCGUCCCAUUAACUGGGGUCCAAGAGCUGGAGGAGGCAGGGAGCAAUGACACUCCAGUUGCGGCGCAUCAAGAGAUGUCAAUGGAAUCGUGGAUGAUGCCGAGCCCCAUCAGGCAGAAGCGGCAGAGCCACCUCUCCCUGUGCAGCCUGUGCUGCAACUGCUGCAAGAGCUACAAGGGCUGCGGCUUCUGCUGCAGGUUCUGACGAUUCCCCGCAACCACCGCGCUAUUUUCAUUUAUUAUGUUUUUUGUUUUUUCCUCUCUUCUCAAAGAAAUGACCUUUUGCGUACCUCCUCCUUUGGAGCAUUUACUGUUCCUGUUUUUUUAGUUUUUUUUUAGAGAAAUGAUUCACAGAGUUGCACAAACAAAUGAGGAGUAAAAAUCCUUUGUAUUUAUUUUAUGUAAGUCAAGUUUUUCACCCUUUUUUUAUAAGCUGAAUGAACUUUUCCUAUUUAAAAAUGAGCCAUCUGUGGCUGUUUUUCCUUGACAAUGUAUGAUGAUGAUGAUGAUGCUUAAUAAUAAAAAAAAUCAACAUUUGAUGUAUCAACAAAAAUGUUUUUGUGUCAUUAAUGAAUGCACAGAUGUUCAUUGAAUGGAAACAAGCUAAGUACCAUCAUACUCUGGCUUUGUGACCAAUUUUAAAACAAUUUGUUGUCUUAAUGACUCAUCAGUGUUAUUUCCUAUAAAUCAAGUUUGAUUAUGUUUGCAAAUCUCAAAAAUGUUGCUUUACAUUAAUCUGAACACCACAUGCUCAGAUUCAUAAGUUCAGGUGCUCCGCUUCAAAAAUCAAUAUAGUUUAAAAUACUGUGCAGAAUGUACAAUUUCCAUGUGUGUUUAACAUAUUUUUUUCAACUUUCCUCCAGAAGUAAUGACUAAAAGUAAAGUUGAUGAUGUAAUAGCAUUUAUCGUCAAAAGCGACUUUCACAAUGUUCUGAAGCUCUAUUAAAAGACAUGUUUAAAACAGGAAUAUUUUCCAAGUCAGACUAUGAAUACUUAUUUCAUAUUUCUGGCUUUCCAACAUGUCGUUAUGCAAGCUGAAGUUCAUGCACACAGGAAGUGUCAGCGUAAAAUCCAUAACUUCUGCAAUUGUCCACACAGAAUAUAUAUUGUGAUGACCACAACUUGACAACCAAAAACAUU